AUAUUUGAAGCAUUUAUGUAUCUACAAAAUUAUCAGAGUUAUACAUUUAAAUCCCACAUGUACAAAUAUAUAUAAACAAACAUGUUAAGUCUCGCCAACUAAAUCACAGCUGACACAACAAAAGGCUGUCAUCAGGUUCACCUGAAGCGGAAGUGGGUGUUCCACCUUUUGCCAGUAGUGGGCGCUGUGUAAACCCUUUAACUACGACAGUUUUCCUUCCUUGACGGCAGAGAAUGACAUGUUAACAACCAAUGACUGUAUAACAACAAACAUGGCAACCUGCAAUUACUCCUGGGAAGAUUUACGGAAGCAGGCGAGACAGCUAGAGAAUGAGCUGGAUCUCAAGCUGGUCUCCUUCAGCAAGUUGUGCACCAGCUACAGUAACCAUGACCAACGGUCAAGGUCCAACUCCUUUAGUCAAUCUCAAGACAAUGUUCUUGUGGCGAUGACUACAGAACUGGAGCACCUUUUGACUAAACUGACAGCGGUUAAUGACAAAAUGGCAGAAUAUAUAAAUAGUCCUGGAGCCUCAUCGCAUAAUGCAGCACUAAUGCACACUCUACAGAGACACAGGGACAUAUUGAAGGACUACUCUCACGAGUUCUACAAAACCAAAAACAACUUCUGUACCCUGCGAGAGCGUGAAGACCUUCUAGGCUCAGUCCACAGGGACAUUGAGUCCUACAAGAGCAGCACAGGAGUGAACAACAGAAGAACAGAGCUCUUCCUGAAGGAACAUGAACAUCUCAGAAACUCAGAUAGUCUUAUUGAUAAUGCAAUAAGUAUCGCCAUGGCUACCAAAGAGAACAUCACAUUUCAGCGUGGGAUGUUGAAGUCCAUUCAGACAAGGGUCACAACUUUGGCCAAUCGUUUCCCCGCCAUCAACAGUCUCAUCCAUAAAAUCAAUUUGCGCAAGAGGCGGGACUCUUUAAUUCUAGGUGGGGUAAUUGGGAUCUGCACCAUAAUCCUUCUGCUCUACACCUUCCACUGACCAAAACAGGAUUCAUCAAAUUUUAAGUUAAACUAAGACAUUUUUUUAUCCUUUUCCUUCUGUUUGCCAUAACUUGUUAACUUGUGUCUGGUUUGUGGAAUUGGUUGCAUGUUUUCUUUUAAUUCCAGCUCUGUAAAUUUUCAACGUUUUCAUGCUUUCUUAAUUAAAGGCGAUGAGCUCACUUCCA